CUGAAAUCGUGUUUUUGUUAUAGAUCGACUACAACCACUAUAGACUCCUGGGGAUCGUUAGGAUCGGGAGAAUUAACGUACGACUUUCGAAGAUGUCACUACCUCGUUGGCCUAGCUUUAGCCGAUCUUGCCUCUGUUCUUGAUUCGUCGAACAGUCAUGUACUACAUGCUAGAGCCAUUAGCGUCAUUCACAAUCUUUUAUCUGCUCAUGAAGCUGACAGCCGUCUAACAGAUUCGGGUAUCAGAUCUCGCGUUGCAUCGCUCUACUUGCCACUAGUCACUAUAGUUUUGGAUGUCGCAGAGCAGAUUCAUGACCCUUUUGUAAAUACAACUACUGUUGCAAACAGUUUCCCCUCAGAUGAUCCUCUUAGCUCUUCCGCGUCACCGGGUGUAAAUCCAAAGGUUGCACUAGCAAUCGCGGGUAUUGGUUCUGCGAUAUCACCUCCUCGUACGCCUACAGGGGUACGGAAAAACAAAACAUCCGAUCCGUCAAAGGUUACACUGAAUCUGGAGCUGUCUCGGCAGUAUCUAUGGAAAAGCCUGACCGAAUUCCUAUUCUUAAGCCUUUUGGCUGCCAUCUCUCUACAUUCAAAUGAAUUGUGUACCUCACGAUUUCUUAUUGUUGCAGCCUUGCGUUUUAUAACUGUGCACGAGACAUAAGC